AACUGUUAUAUAGGCAACAUUUUUGGAUAAUUUGAUUAUAUGUCUUUAUAGAUGUUUUUAGCCAUCCCAUCACCAGUAUGAGAACUAUCAGCUUUCUACCUGUACAAAAUGAACUACAAUAUAUUUAGAUUUUAACUGGUAUGACAAUGUCCUGUUCAUAAUCGAUUAUGUAAGACCAUUAACCAAUCCACACUUCCAAAAUCCAUUCAAUCGAACCAUAGAACCAUACUACAUCUUGGAAGUUUUAUUGUUCUGCCAACAAAACUGUCAGGUUCUAAUUGGCUGAGGUAUUUUUGGCUGUAUCGUGCUAUUGGCCAGCCAACAGGGAAAAAGUUAACUGCCCCCUCUCAGUAAGACAAUAUAUAUAUAUAUAGCUUUGAAUUGGGGAAGCUCGUUGUCAGUAAGGCUUGAAAGAUGGAAGCCAGGCUAGGAGUCACAGCGCAAACGCGGGGUCUGGAAAGCAGGCUAGGAGUCAUAGCGCAAACGCGGGGUCUGGAAGCCAGGCUAGGAGUCACAGCGCAAACGCGGGGUCUGGAAAGCAGGCUAGGAGUCACAGCGCAAACGCGGGGUCUGGAAAGCAGGCUAGGAGUCACAGCGCAAACGCGGGGUCUGGAAACCAGGCUAGGAGUCACAGCGCAAACGCGGGGUCUGGAAAGCAGGCUAGGAGUCACAGCGCAAACGCGGGGUCUGGAAGCCAGGCUAGGAGUCAGCAGCGGCCUCCUAUGCAGGCACUUCAUCCAUGGGACAUGUAGACUGGGCCAGAGCUGCCCCUUCUCUCACGAGUUGCCGGUGUGGAAAUCCUCCCAGAUCUGCAAGUACUUCCAGAAAGGCUGCUGCUGGUUCGGAGACCGCUGCAGGUACCAGCAUGUCCUCCAGGCCGACGGUGGCUAUUCGGGUAGCAGACGGGGCUCUGCCCCUGCCCUCCUGCCCCCCUGGGGUGGCAGUGCGUUCCAGAACCGCCGCGGCUCGGAGCCGUCUGUCCAGCAGGCCCGCGGGGGUUACGUCGGGAGUCGACGGGGGUCCGCACCUGCCGUUACGAGCCUGACAAGCCUCCAGAGGAACUUUGCGCGUCUGAGCACCGAGUUUGAAGAGAAUGAGGACGAUCACGAGGCUGAGUUCAGACCGAUGCUGCAACAAGCAGGGCCAUUAACUGCACACGCAGCACAACAGACUCCCAACACCCCCUCUCCGUGCCGGACAGGUUCCAUGUCCAGCUCUGCCUCGGCCCCUUGCCUCCAGAUUGGUGCAAUAAAUGUCACAGAACAUGCCAGCAAACUAGCUUGUCAUGAGAGGCACGGUCUGCCCAAGGCAUCUUCCAGCCAACAAGAGGCAGCUCCGAGCAGUUCUGCAGACUCUCGGGGCGCUGGUGCGGGGGCGUCUGCCUCGGAUGCCUAUGAGAGGAGUAAGGAUGUGAUGUGUGGGAUCUGCAUGGACAAGGUGUAUGAGAAGCCAGCCCCAGAGGAUCGCCGCUUCGGAAUCCUGCCCAACUGCAGCCACCCCUUCUGUUUGGGCUGCAUUGUCACCUGGAGGAAAACCAAGGACUUCCAGGACGAGGUCAUCAAGUCGUGCCCUCAGUGCAGAGUGAAGUCAACUUUCUACAUUCCAAACAAAUACUGGGUUAGUGACCCUGCCCAGAAGCACACCCUGGUUGCCAAAUUUAAAGAAAGGACCAGCAAAAUAAAGUGCAAGUUUUACAUGCGGCAUGGAUGCUGUCCCUUCAAAUCGGAGUGCAUCUAUCUGCACGAGUUGCCUCAAGGGCACAGACACCUGAGAAGGAGGCGAUCGGCAGCUUUACCCCGUCGCCGCAGCUCCACAGAAGACUCUGACAGUGAGGGUUUCCACAUCAUGCAGUAUGCGGUCGCCCUGGCCUUGCUGCACGACGACGAUGACGUGCCGGACGACCACUUCAGCCACCGCCACUUCUUCGAGAUCUUCCUGGACGACUCCUUUUUCGACUCGGACUGAUUCCCAGGGGUGGGGGGGUAGGGGGGGAGAAUUGUCUUGCCAGACGGCAGGAUGGUUCACCCUGUUGCCCAUCGCAAAGAGGCCUGACUGCCUCAAACCACUGUGCUUGUAGCAGGAACCAGUUUGGUUGCGUGUCCUUGUUUAGUACAGUCUUCUAUACUUGUUUUAAGUUUGUCAAACUUCUGCAGGGAUCUGGAGUGUUCACUUUCUUUGUCUUAAGCCUUGCUGGUUCCUCUACGUUUCAUAUUCCAGGACCAUUGCUUUCCCAGAGUGGGAAAGCAGUUAUGAAUAGAUUUAAUCAGGAGGGGGUUAGUUUUGAAUGACCCAUACUCUUGCAAAGUGUAACCUUAACUGAUUUUUCCUUUAUUCUUGCUCCUACUAUUGUAAGAAGCGGCAACCAGUUUCCAAAUUCGGUUACUUGCCACCUCUUGGCAUGGUCUCUCCUGUCUUUUUUUUUUUUAUUCUGUUUCUUUUACUUUGUUAUACUUCAGGGUGUAGACUGUAGAUCCAGGCAGAUUUCUUUCCUGGUAUAUAAUCGCCUUGGAGAUUCCAGCACAGGGAGCGGUGUUGUACUAGGAAGCUUCAGCAGUGUCUAAAACAUCUGUUCAAAUGCAGGUCUACAAGCAAAGCAACAGAAGAUGGAGGUGAAAUGAACUUCACUCCUGGAGCGGUCCUGUGUUCCUGGCUUCAGUUUUAAUUGGCAUUAUCCCUCUGGGGGUGUUUUUAAUUUUUUUUGCAAGCACAGUUUGCGUUUCUACAGUUGUGUUGCACCAGCAAGUAAAGUUUUGAUCUUGUGAUCUGCAGCCAUGUGGGCUCCUGGCCUCUAUUUGGGUCAUAUGCAAUACAUUCAAGGACAGUUAGUCGUAAUAUCCUCCCAUUCGUUUCAGCCAGCAUUGUCUAGGAAGUUCAGCUGUUGGGUGUUUUCUCUAAGGGCUGGCGAGGGAGAAUAUGCUAAUUCCUUCUACAAUAGGCACAAAUGAAGUCACAUUUGCUGCUACACACCAGCGUGUUCAAGAGUACUGUUGCCAAAUAGUUUUGUCUUGCACUGUUUAAAUAUCUUUGCACCCUGGUAACCUGCAUUCACAUUUAUAGAAUAUGGAUUUUACACUUGAUUCCAGUGCUGACACUUAAUUGUGUGUAUGUUAUAUAUAUUAGUAUGUGGUUUUUUUUUUUUUUUUAUACCCUGGCUUUAUAGUCAUUUUGAGUUUGAAAGAAUGCUGGAUCUUUUUGUAGCUCUUGGAUGGGAGAUUUUGUUUUUGUUAAACAUGAACAUAUAUAUGAGGUCUAAUGCAUUGCAGAUGCUUAACAGUAUUGCUUUGACAGCUAGAGAAUGGUCUUGUUGACUUGCCCAAUGCUGGUGGUGGUCCUGUCCACUGUUCUCGGAUAUAUAUAUAUAAUUUUUUUUUAAUACCUCUCUCUGUAUUAAGCAGUGUUCAUAAAGCAGGCAUUUUUUAAAAGAGGAUGUGUCUGAUGUUCAAUGCAGUGCUGUAAUGUCAGGCUUACUGUACAGACCAGGGGGUAUUGGUGUGUGUAAUACUAGAUGCAUUUUAUAUAUUCCUCGCAUGUGAAAAAAAAAAAAAAAAGCAAGUUUAAUAAAAGGUGUUUCACAACUCUA